AAUUGAGAAAUUCCUCUGGUUUAUAGUACUCUUCGUCGCCUUCAACACACUUUGUGAUUUCUUUGAUGCCUUCUCGAUAUGCAAGAAUUAUUAAUGAAAGUUGAAGGCACAAUAAUUCAAAAAGCUGAUGUUUAUCGCGCGCAUAAAGCAUAUUGAACACUAUCAUAAAAGUCAUUUCAUUUGAUAUUGAGAAAUAACUUCCCAUUGAUACAUGAAUAUUCUUUUUGACAUCAAUGCUACCGUCGCUAAACCAAUGAAUUCCGCAUGAUUCAGUCAAUAGUUCCUGGUAUUUCCUCUUAAUAAUUGAAUCCUGUUCACUGGAAGUUCAAUUUAUGACAUUAUUUGGUAUUGGUGACUUUAUGAAUAUGCUACUUACUCCGGCAGAAAUUUGUAGUAAGACCUAAUAAUCUCUUGCAACUUCGACCAUAAUUGAUUAUAAGCACAAUUUUCUACGUAAGUUCCUAUAAUUGUCUGACGAAAUAUUAUGCAUCUAUCGCAUUUGCAAUGAAUGUUAAAUGAUCUCUCCGUAUGCUUCACGACUGCCUUAUUGUCCUAAUGAUGAUAUUAAUUAGAUAAUUUAAGCCAAGCACAUGUUGUUUAUUUACUUACAUUUUCAGCAUUUUUUAAUUCUUGAAUUUCAUUUCUUGCUAAGAUUUUAACUGCACGCUGCCAGAACUGCUCAUCUUUCCUAAGAAUAUCCAAGUCUGCACUCUGUUUAUCCUUCUUCUUGUCCUUAUCAUUUGACUUUAUAUCCAUUUGCUAUUUAAAUAAUGAAAAAUUUGUUUUUUUAUAGAAAUUUAUUGAAAUUGUUUAUGUGUAUGAUAUUUCGUCAUGUCUUUAAUUAAUGACUCUUAUCUGUCCGUACAUUAGAUAUAUUAUCCAUGACUAAAAUCCUUUAUAAACACCGUUUAAUGCCGUUUUUUAAUAAAAAAAUUAAAUUUCAAUUUUUUUUUUAAUUUUUCGUAUAAACUUAGCUAUUGCCCCUUUUUGGGAUCGUUCGCCAGUUAUGUCUUCAUUUUAUGUACAAGGAGCGGAUUUUUAAGCUGUGGAAUACAUUGUGUAGCUGAUUGAAGGAGUGGUGGGUUGCGAAUAUAUUAAUUUUAAGAUGACGCAAUUUAUGAAUGACCCCAAAAAAGGCUCGAAUGUCAACAAAAAAUUCAAAUUUAAAAAAACUGUUGAUGAAGUUAAACCGAUUGUCUUAAUUCAUAAUUUUACGUGAGUGACCAGCCUAGUUUUUGGGAAUUUCGCCAUUUAUAAAAGGUUUAUAAAAAAUUCAAAAUUGCUGCGUAAACAAACAAAUGUACAAAAUGUAGUUUAUAUUUUUAACGCCUUUCAAAUUUUUGAUUUUUUUUGCUUGUAAUUUGUUUGUUUACAAAAAAAAUCGAAAAGUGAAAUUUGAAAAUGUCAUGAAAAUAUCACUCAAUAAUAAUGUUAAAGCUCUUAAAAUAGCUAGAACAGCUUAUGUAUCUUCUCCUUUUCGUAAUCAAAACAUAAUAUUUGGGAUUAUUGAUUGAAUAAUUGAGAAUUUUGAGAAUUUAAUUUUGAUGCUUUUUUUAAAGAUAGUAUUAGUGAAAAAUUCAAAUUAUAUUUGUCCGGUAAGCAAAAAUCCUUUAAACGUCGGGGUUCAUCAAUUAUUGGGUUAAAAAUUGAUUAUGAAUAGGAACAUGGACGGAAUGAGUAAAAAGAUGAAAAAGAGAUAUAAUAAAUUCAUAAAAAGUCAAAAGAAGCAGAAAAAAAAGAAUAAAAAGGUGAGGAAUGUGGAUGAAAAAAGAUUUGGUGAUUAUUAAUGUGCACUUGAAUCCAAGGGGGUCACACAUUGAUGAAGAUUGUGUAAUUGGUGGGAAAACAGAUAUGUUUGUGCAAAAUGCACUGUAAUUAAGUCAUGGAUCUCAAAAAGUUUCUAAAAUAUAACAAGUUUCAUUGCAAAGUUUAUCAUAAACAAAGAGUUUACGGUUUUAGGAAUUCACCACAUUUGAGUUUUAAUAUUCGUGUGAUGCACCCCCCUUGUUUUAAUAGAAAAAGAGAGAAAAAUAGUGAAAAUAUAAAAAAUAAUAACGAAAGUUUAAUUAUCUUCGUGAUGCAUUAAGAUGAGUUUUAACCAGCGUAACUUGAACCCAAACAUUUGGGAAGGGCCACGACAAAAUAAUCCACAACAGUUCAUUAAUAAUCAACAAAAUUUUUAUGGAAAUAACAGCAAUUUUCCUCCUAGACCAAAUUUUCAUUCACAGCAAAAUCAAUUAAGGCCACUUUUAAACUUGCCACAACAGCCUGGUUCACAUGAGCAUCAUCCAAAUUUUCGGAACUUUAAUAAUAACAAUCAGGAUUUCGGACGAAACAACAAUAAUCGAGGACGACCGAAUUUUCAUAACCACAAUAAUCACCCAAAGUGGCAAAAUAGAGGAAAUGAUCCAGCAAAAGAUAAUAAUGGAGAUCGCUUUUCAAGAGGGACAUCGGCUGAAAAUUCUCAACAAAAUGAUGAUCCCAAGCCAAAAAGUCUUGUGGAACAUUUAAAGUCGACCAUGAAAAAGAAUCCAAGAAGCAAAUCACAAGAAAGUCCAGCAAAUGAAAGUAUUGAUGCUUGUGCUAAAAAUGCAUCAAAAAAGCUCCUUAGUCAGCUUAAAACGAUGGAUAAGGAUAAUGUGAAAGAGUUGAUUAAUAAUCCUAAACAGCCACAUAGAAAAGCUGUCCUUAAUAUUCAGGCACGAGAAAAAUUGCGUGAAGGAAUGAGGAAACAGCUCAAGACACUUGGUGCUGAAGAUGAUCAAGAAGUGUCAUUUGAUGCAGUCGAAAGUGUUAAUUAUGAGAAUAUUCCUGAAACUUUAAUUGCACAAAUUGGACGUACUGUUGAUAUGGAUUUAAGUGUUGAAGAUAUGGACUUACAGCCCGACAUGGAUGAUGAAAUUGUCGAGGAUAAGGACAUUGAAGUGGUAACAAAGAAUUUAGGAAAUGAUUUCCUUUAUGGAUCAGAAAUGCUGUUAAUGAAUGGCUUCAAUUUGCUUGGUGAAAGUGAAAAUGAGGCUGAUUUAAAAAUUCCAGAAGAACGAUUCUUUCCUCCUCCACUACCUGCAGAUCCUGUUAUUAGACCACCUGAACCAGUUCCACCGCCUGAAAAGCCACCAAGUCAAAGAUCAUUUGAUGAAUGGGAAAUUGAUACAGCUAGAAAUCCUGAUCCACCAUGUCUUAAUAAAAUUAAUAAUGUGAAAAUUCAAACAAUACCCGUCAUUGUAAGUCAUCCCACGCCACCAUCACAAAUUUUACCUCCUCAACAACAACAACAAUCUACAAAUAUCAUUAAUACUGUAAAUAAUGUAUCCAAAAAACAACAUGAAAAUCCUCUCCUUAUUGCACUUGGUGAAACAAAAGAACAAAUUCCAACGAGUACUAACAUUAAAAUUAGUACAAACAAUAUAAUUGGAACUAGUUCUUUAGCGGAGAAUAAACUCGUCAAAAUACAUUCAUCAUCUUCUCAAGAUUCCUUUAAAACGCCAUCAAUUCCUGAUCUUGUUACAUCUACACCGUUCUUGAAUGAUGGAAAUAAAACGCCAUUUAAUGACAGUGGCAAGACUCCAUUUAAUGAUGGUGGUAAAACUCCAUUUAUUGGAUCAGAAACGCCUUAUAUCGGCUCAGAAACGCCUUUCAUUGGAAGUGAAACACCUUUUAUUGGUUCAGAAACUCCCUUUAAUGGCUCAGAAACACCAUUUAUUGGAUCUAAUGAUGAACAAAAUAUUUUCGAGACACCAAUACGUCAGAAAAUAUCAGAGGAUAAAAAGCCAGUACUAGAAAACACUCCUGGAAGUGACGCACCAAAAACUGACGAGAACACUGAGAAACCAAAACAAAGAGCUGACGAAACAUAUGGCGAAUAUCGCAGGCGAAUAGCAAAUAUUGGUGAGGAUGAAAAUAUUUUUCCAAAGGAUGAUUUCAGUAAACCAAUAAAACGCCCACCACCAGCACCCAAAAGGAAACAACCAAACAACGAGUGGGAUGAUGAUAAUCGAAGUCCAGUACAUCCUGGUAAAAGCAGCUGGAUGGCGAAUAACAUCAGAAAUAGUAAUGAGAGAAAGUCUCGUUUCGAAAUGAACCGAUCGAGAGACAAGAACAAUAGAAAUAAUGAUAGGAAUAACUUUAAUAAUAAGAAUAAAAACAAUUCACCAAGGACUCCAAUCAGUCCGUGGGAAACUUCGCGUGACAGAGAUAAUGAGGAUAUGCGAGAUGCUUUUAAUUAUCGAUUUGAUAAAACCAAUAAAAGUUCAAAUAAUAUUACAGAAAGUGGCGAAGAUCGAUUGUCAUGUCUCCUCAAUCCAAAACCCGUUCAGUUCAAAGGCUCAUUUAAUAAGCGCUCAGGUUUUAAUAAUAAUAAUAAUAAUAAUAAUAAAAGCAGUCGAGAAUCCGUGGACGAAAAGAGGGAUUUUCUGCCUGAUCAAAGUCGCGAAAGAACUCCAGUCAAUAAUUCUGUAGAACUAUUUGAAAUAAGCUCGCCGAAUGAUGUACGACCUUGUUAUCAAACAUUAAAGAAAAUCAUUGAAAUUGAAACGGAAAUCAAUAGAAUUCAUGACAAAAUUCACGGAAUCGACAAAGUCAUUUCAAAUCUACAAUCUGAACGUAUUGGACAUCAAAAAUCAUUCACAAAAUUACAGCAUGAUAAAAAGGUAUUACUUGAUAAUUUAGCUAAGCGUGCAAUGGCUAAUGACAGGGAACCAAUUGAGAGAACAGCAUCAAGAGAAAGUGAAAGGAACGUAGAGUCAUCAUUUGAGAUAAGACCACAUAAAGAAAUUAAGAAAGAAAAGGAUACAAGUAAUAAAACCAAGAAUAUUGAAGUUGUUGAGGAAAAAAAGAAACGUAAAGUUGAUGAUUCGCCACAAAUCUCAAUAGUAGCUGCUGAUGAUGAAAAUAAGAAAAAGAAAAAGUACACAAUUGAAGAGGAACCAAAAUCAGCAGCUCAAAAAGCUAAAGAAAGAGAAGAAGAAGAAAGAAGGAAGCGAAUUGAAGAAAUCAGACGUAAUAAGCAGCUUAGACGUGAAAAAGAAGAAAUAGAACGAAGAAAAUUGGAAGAAGAAGCUAAAAAGGAAUCAAAUGAUAAGAUUCUGAUCAUUAAUCGAGAUAAAGUUCAUGCAAAACUUAAGGAACGCGAGAAAGAAAAGAGAAAAGAACAAAAUAUCCAGUCACCGUCAUCUCUAAAGCCAUCGCCUAAAAGAUCAAAGGAAACGAUUCACUUGUUCUCAUUAGAUGAAGUCAUAGAUCCAGCAGAUCUUAAAAUGAAAAUGUUUAAGCUUGAGUUCACGAAAUUAUCAUUAAAACAGAAUAUUUUGGAUCAGUUUCAAGCUGGAAAAUGUCCAGAAAUUGAUAUUAAUGAGCUGAUUAGUCCAUCAUCCAGUAAUGCGCCUCUUCAAAGUGAUAUGUCAAUUGAUGAUGUAAUUCAAAUUAUUAAAAAGGAAGCAGAGCAAUCAAUUAAGCAAUCUAAGUCAGAAGUUCCAAAUUUGCCUGGUAAAACAUCAACAACAUCCAUAACAUCAAAAGUUUCAGUGACAAGCACUGAUAAAGAUCCGUUAGCAAUUGACGAUAAUGAAGAAAUUGUUAAUCCACCGACACCAGGAAGUAAUUUGACAUUAAAUGAUGAUAACGAUACAAAUGCGUCAGAUCAUGUUAAUAAUGAGCAAGACUAUUCAGAAUGGACGGGAAAUUUUGAAUCUCACAAUCAGCCAAUCGUUCACAUACAAAAUAUUAAUGGAAAGCAUAUGGUGUGUGCAGCAGAAGACGGAAAAUUAUACAAAUAUCGUCUAUCCAAUGGAAAAUGUGAUGCCGUUUUUAGCAAGCACACAGAAAUUUGCAACUCAUUUUUAUAUGAAGAUAUUGACAAAACUAUUUACACAGCCUCGUCUGAUGGCUUUGUUUAUAGAAUUAAGCUUAAGUUAUUUGAUUCUAUCGCAUCAAAACAUUUUAAUGAACCUUUACAAGUAAUUGAAAAAUCAAAAUAUGCUUUAUACGUGGGAGCCAAAAGUGGAAAUAUUUAUAAACUUAAACUUGACUUAAGUGAUGAAGAAAUUGAGCCUUUAUGCUGCGUCGAUGCAUUGAUUCUUUGUAUGAGAUCAGCAAAGGAAGGAUCAAGGCAUAUUCUUUUGAUAUCGUCUCGAAUGAAUGCUAUUCAGGUGCGUGAUGCAAGCGAAGGCCUUUUACUGAGAACACUGUCGAAUGACUUGAGCGGUGUUAGCAUUUAUGAUAUGCUUCUUGAGGGUAGUACAAUUUAUUGCGGUAGCAAUUUACAUGAAAUAUUCGCUAUUGAUUUUACGACUGGUGCCUUGAAAAAGAAGCGCAGCAUGAGCGGUGCAGGAGCAAUUUGCGUACGAAUAUAUAAAGAAAAUCUUAUUGUAGCGUGCUACGAUGGAAAUAUUUAUAUCUUUGAUUUAAAUGCUGAUGAUGACGCUUGUAAUAUUACUGGACCAUCAAAUAUGCUUUUAGCUAUGGAUCUCUGGGAUGACAAGAUAAUUGCAUCUACAAAAGAUAAGACACUGAAAAUCAUGAAUAUUCCAACAUGAAUAUUUGCUUAGUUUAUUUAAGCAUUGUGUGUGUCUUUAUGUCUUAAACUCAUGAGAUGAGCAUUGUGUUUGAAAUAUUAAGUUGUUUAAUUUAAAUCAUUUUAAUGAAAGGAAAAUAAAUCACAACAAAAAAAUGUAAAUUAAAAUAUCAUGUAGAAAUAAUAAAACGACACAAGAAUUACAUAUAUUUAAUUUCUUCGUGAUUUAACUUUCAAUAUCCCUGGCUUGAUUUCAGCACUUAGAUUUAAUGGCUCUAAAAAUUCAAAAAUUUGAAUGCAUUUUCAAUUGAAAAAUUUAAAAUUUUGAAAACUGUUCAAAUUUAAAAUACAGGAAUUCAAAGAUGAUCAAUGGCAAAAAAAGUAUCAGUUUAUUUAUAAGGAAACUUUUAAAAAUUGGUUGCAGCUUUAAUAAUUAACGAAUUUUUAAGGAUUAUUGGCAACCAAUUGUAUCAAAUCUGACUUCUUUAACUUCGACAAACCCGUAACAUUUUUACUUUUUAAAUAUUCCUUAAGCGUGUCAUUAGUCAGGUUCUUUGUGUCAUUCUUCUUGCAUAAUUCAUGAACUAAAUCAAAAUUUAUGUCUGCAGGAGCAUUUUUCUUUGCUGGCGGUCCAUCACUACUCUUUGCAGCUUUCCUUUUUGUUGUUGGAGCAUCAUCAAAUCCAUCAUAUAAUUCUUCCAAUAUUUUUACGUACGAGGCGAUUCUCCGUUCCUGUAAAUCAGUAUCAGGCAUGGUUGGAUCGUCAAAUACUUGUGGUUCUUCAUCAAACUCCAUUUCCUCUAAAAAGUUGUAGAUUUUAGCAAUUAUUGGAUUUCUAAAGUACAUUGGAUCAUAAUUGACAGUUAAUUUUGACAUUACAGAUGCCAUUGCCUUAUCAAUUUGUUCUUCGUCAUCUGUUUCCUUAACAAUAUAUUUUGAGACAUCUCGAAUGUCUUCAGUGUAAGGUAAAAACUCUAAUAGAAAGCCAUCAUUUGUAUAUAGGUCCUCAUUCUCUUGAACGGGUAUCAUGACAGCUAAUUCUGGGUAACUUUUGUAUCGCAUUGAAAAGGCACAAUAUGCAAUUUUAUUAAAUUUAAGACAAGUUUCCCAUAAAGUACGAAACAUUUUUGUGGAAUUUUUAAUGUGCUUAUCAGUUGGAUAGAUGAAAUAGCAUCUGCGUUUAUGUGUUAUUGGAUUGAAUGAUUCCGUUGGCUUAAAGCCUAAAAUUUUGAUCUUUGGCAGCAUGACUUGCUUCAUUUCGUAAACUUCAAGUGGUGUAAAUUUGACUUUCUUGCCACCAAUUUCUAGGUACUUUACAGACUUAUCUGCUGUUAAUUUCUGAUCAAAAUUGAUUUCUGCUUCAAUAUCAUUCUCAGUUUCUUCAAUUUUACCAAAUUUAAAGUUACGAUGUGAUCGAAUAAUUUCCUUAGACUUUCGAUCAACAAACACUGGCUUUGGUUCCUUAGUAACACUUAAUUGAGAAUAUAUACCGACACCGAACUGAGCUUUAUCGGAUAUUUCAACAUUUAGGUACGACAAUGCUCGACAGCGAGGAUCAUGAAGCAUAAAUUUAGUCUUUAAUGUCUGCACGUCAAAUGUAAAUGUUGGAUCAAGCGCAUCAAUUUCUGUAUUCAUAACUUUAGACAUAAGUUCUGUAUAGAACUCUUCAAUGUCAAGAUCACGAAGCAUUGGACAUAACUCAAAAUGCAUUUCUAAAUACUGUAAAUCUUUUGCCUUUUCCAUUGCUUCGUUAUAAUGAACUGUGUUAAUUUCAUGUGGAGUUGGAUUGUCUGUUAUCCAGAAAACAGUGAGAGAAUGAACUUUUGAUCCACAAUGAGACACGACUGAGUUGCAGAGCCAUAAAACAUCACUGAUUUUUGCCUUAUUUGAAUGACCAUAUCUGUUAUCAAAGUCAUUAAAGUCAUCAGAUUCUCUAGUAUUUUUGAUAUAACGAAUUGAAUCUGCUUCCACUUUGUGUAAAGGCAAAAAUACAGCACAGUUGCUUGGUGCAAUAAUUGAUGAAUCCAUGGCAUCUUUCGGAUCUGGUGAUUUCUCCGUAUUAAAGAAUAUUAUGCCAUUCUAAAAGACGAUAUUACUUAUACUGUAGAUAUUUAAAAUUAAAAACAAUGACUUACCAGAUCCUUGACUGAUCGCCGAACUUUUUCACGAAAUGCAAGAUCCAGUGCACUCAAAGUAACAUCAAAUGGUGAUGUUUUCUCUUCGGUAUCUGUAUCUACAACCUUCUCAAACAUAGAUUUAGACACAUCAAUGACGAACAGCACUAGAAAACAUAGUAAAAUUUACUAAAAGUCUGAGAAGAAUUAAGGAAAAACUUUACCAAUAUCUUUUCCAUCAUACACGAAUUUCUGGUCAUUGUCUUCAUCGUCACUAUCAUAAUUCUGGUCAAAUGAAUAGUUUAGAGACAUACUAUUCACAAAUUAUCCCGUACUUUCUUAAAUAAUUAAUUUUUUUACGAGCACUAGCUUUUUGCGCGGUAUUGUGAAAUUAGUUGUUGUUAUUAUAUUCACACCGUUUUCACGUGUGAAUCUAUUGGUUUUGUUCAGAUUGAAAAAUCAGUUUUUAGAAUUUUGCUAGGAUAUGGAGCAAGAUAGCUUAAAAUGUUCAGAGAUGAAAAGUUUGUGCCUUGAAUUUCACAUCUUUUGCAAAAAACAGAUUUCAAAUUGGUUGCGGCAUUGCUGAGAAAAUCGCAAAAUAUGCUUUCUGUAAGCGUGCAAUGGCUAAUGACAGGGAACCAAUUGAGAGAACAGUAUCAAGAGAAAGUGAAAGGAACGUAGAGUCAUCAUUUGAGAUAAGACCACAUAAAGAACAUUGACCGUACUUAACUUCCUU